CAGUCUCAGUCAGUACUCUAUUGAUCCCAAGUGCCUCUCGUUCUCACACCUUGUCAACAACAGGCACCCUGGUCCUCUCCUGUCCAGCUGUCCCAGACCUCCAGCGGAGUGUGGACGUCUUUCUCUGCCUACCCCCCUUCUGCUUCGACUCCGUCUGCCUGGAUCCAAACGUGGAUGUCUUCCUCUUAGACCUACCCGUCUAGACCCCCCCCCCCCGUGCUGUGACUUCCUCUCUGUCUGUCUCGCCACCAUGCUGCUGCGCACCUCAGCCUUCCUUCUGCUCUCUCUCUGCCUCUCCUGGGGGAUGUCUGCUUCUCUGGUCAGGAACAUCACUCCUGAAGAGGAAGUCCCAGAAGCAGAAACCAUGUUCGGGGAUGACACCGUUGCUGCUGCUACCGAGGGUGAUACCGAGGGUGAUACCGUGGGUGAUACCGAGGGUGAUACCGUGGGUGAUACCGAGGGUGAUACCGUGGGUGAUACCGUGGGUGAUACCGAGGGUGAUACCGAGGGUGACACCGUGGGUGAUACCGUGGGUGAUACUGAGGAUGAUACCGUGGGUGAUACCGUGGGGGUAGAUAGCCUGGUUGUUGAUGAUAAGCCUACUGCUGUAGAUAUCAGGGUGGAGGGUGAUACCGUGGGGGCAGAUAGCCUGGUUGUUGAUGAUAUGCCUACUGCUGUAGAUAUCAGGGUGGAGGGUGAUACCGUGGGUGAUACCGUGGGGGCAGAUAGCCUGGUUGUUGAUGAUAAGCCUACUGCUGUAGAUAUCAGGGUGGAGGGUGAUACCGUGGGGGUAGAUAGCCUGGUUGUUGAUGAUAAGCCUACUGCUGUAGAUAUCAGGGUGGAGGGUGAUACCGUGGGGGCAGAUAGCCUGGUUGUUGAUGAUAAGUCUACUGCUGUAGAUAUCAGGGUGGAGGGUGAUACCGUGGGGGUAGAUAGCCUGGUUGUUGAUGAUAAGCCUACUGCUGUAGAUAUCAGGGUGGAGGGUGAUACCGUGGGGGCAGAUAGCCUGGUUGUUGAUGAUACGUCUACUGCUGUAGAUAUCAGGGUGGAGGGUGAUACCGAGAGGGCAGAUAGCCUGGUUGUUGAUGAUAACCCUACUGCUGUAGAUAUCAGGGUGGAGGGUGAUACCGUGGGGGUAGAUAGCCUGGUUGUUGAUGAUAAGCCUACUGCUGUAGAUAUCAGGGUGGAGGGUGAUACCGUGGGGGCAGAUAGCCUGGUUGUUGAUGAUAAGCCUACUGCUGUAGAUAUCAGGGUGGAGGGUGAUACCGUGGGGGCAGAUAGCCUGGUUGUUGAUGAUAAGUCUACUGCUGUAGAUAUCAGGGUGGAGGGUGAUACCGUGGGGGUAGAUAGCCUGGUUGUUGAUGAUAAGCCUACUGCUGUAGAUAUCAGGGUGGAGGGUGAUACCGUGGGGGCAGAUAGCCUGGUUGUUGAUGAUAUGCCUACUGCUGUAGAUAUCAGGGUGGAGGGUGAUACCGAGGGGGCAGAUAGCCUGGUUGUUGAUGAUACGCCUGCAGUGGAGGAACCUGUAGAAGACACCCCAGUGGCCGAAGACCUGGUGGCCGACAAGCCUGUUGCAGAUACCGUUGUAGCUGGGGCAUUUGUAGUCAAGGAAGCAGUUGCGGACUCCCCUGUUGCUGAUGCUCCGCUAGUAAACGCCCCUGUCAUGGCAGAUGAAGUCCCAGACACAGAGGCCCUCGUGGCGGACAUGCCAGUGGUGGAAGACCCUGCUUACAUGGAUCUGGAGACCCUUGUUAAAGAGGCCCUGAUAACAGAAGCCAUGAUUAAAGAGUUGUCUGCCCAGGUGGAGGAGGAAGACUUCGCUAAAGAGACUGAGAUUCAGGACGCCAUCUUGAAAGAUUUGGCUGACCAGGAGGCACUAGAAAAAGCGACAGAGGCCAUUGAAGAGGCAGCAGAGGCAGAAGCUCCAGCAGAGGAUACAGCCAGCCCUGUGGUACCUGUCGUCGAAGCCCAGGAAGAGGACUCUGACUGGGGCUUGGUUUCCAUCAAAGAGAGCCUCCAGGCAGCCAAUGGAUACUUUGACUCCCUGGUGGAGUUGAUGGGGGGACGCAACGGAUUGUGUCAGUACAAAUGCAAAUACGGUAAGACACCUGUGCAUCGCAUUGGUUAUGUGACCCCAGAGCCCAAUGGUUGCAGCUCCGACCUCCUAGGAUUCCAGGUACCAGAUAGUUUUGACAUGGGCAUCCCAGCCAUGACUCAGUGCUGUAACCAGCUGGACAAUUGCUAUGACACCUGCGGCUCCGACAAAAACCGCUGUGACUCCAAGUACCGCUUGUGUCUCCACGCUAUUUGCUCUGACCUGAAGAAGAGCCUGGGGCUUGUGUCAAAGGUCAAAGCCUGUGAGACCGUAGCAGAUACUCUGUACAACACAGUGUGGACGCUGGGCUGCAGAUCCUUCAUGAACAGCCAGAGGGAAGCAUGUCACUGUGAGGGAGAGGAGAGGGAUGAGCUGUAGAGGACCAGGCUGGGAGGAGAGGGAUGAGCUGUAGAGGACCAGGCUGGGAGGAGAGGGACGAGCUGUAGAGGACCAGGCUGGGACACUACACAACACCUCCCAGCCCUAGACCAACCUGGGACACUACACUACACCUCCCAGCCCUAGACCAACCUGAGACACUACACGACUCAACACGAGAGAAAGCUGGGAGGAGAGGGACGAGCUGUAGAGGACCAGGCUGGGACACUACACUACUCAACACGAGAGAAAGCUGGGAGGAGAGGGAUGAGCUAUAGAGGACCAGGCUGGGACACUACUCUACACUACCCAGCACUACACUACACAACACUACACAACACUACCCAACACUAGACCAGAAUGGGACACUAUACUACCCAGCACUAGACCAACCUGGGACACUAGACUACCCAGCACUAGACCAACCUGGGACACUACACUACCCAGCACUAGACCAACCUGGGACACUACACUACACUACCCAGCACUAGACCAACCUGGGACACUACACUACACUACCCAGCACUACACUACACUACACUACGCAACACUACCCAGCACUACACUACACAACACUACCCAACACUAGACCAGAAUGGGACACUACACUACCCAGCACUAGACCAACCUGGGACACUACACUACCCAGCACGAGACCAACCUGGGGCAUUACACUACUCAACACGAGAGAAAGCUGGGAGGAGAGGGACGAGCUGUAGAGGACCAGGCUGGGACACUACACUACACUACCCAGCAUUAGAUAAACCUUGGACACUACACUACCCAGCACUAGACCAACCUGGGACACUACACUACACUACCCAGCACUAGACCAACCUGGGACACUACACUACCCAGCACUAGAUAAACAUUGGACACUACACUACCCAGCACUAGACCAACCUGGGACACUACACUACACUACCCAGCACUAGACCAACCUGGGACACUACACUACACUACCCAGCACUAGACCAACCUGGGACACUACACUACCCAGCACUAGAUAAACCUUGGACACUACACUACCCAGCACUAGACCAACCUGGGACACUACACUACCCAGCACAAGAUAAACCAUUUUCAACCUCUGUCAUAUCAUGGAUUCAGAGUGAUCAAUCUAAUAGAACACAAAGGGUUUUCUUUAAUGGAAGGUUCUCUAAUGUCAAACAUGUCAAAUGUGGUGUACCGCAGGGCAGCUCUCUUGGCCCUCUACAAUUUUUUUUAUUUUUACUAAUCAAUCAAAUGUAUUUAUAAAGCCCCUUUUACAUCAACAGAUGUCACAAAGUGCUAUACAGAAACCCAGACUAAAUGACCGACCACGAGUUUUAAGUAAAGCAUGUGUGUCUAUCUAUGUAUGCUGAUGAUUCAACAUUAUACAUGUCAGCAACCACGGCCAAUGAAAUUACUGCAACACUUAACAAAGAGUUGCAGUCAGUUUUCGAAUGGGUGGCCAGUAAUACAUUAGUCCUGAGUAUCUCUACAACUAAAGGCAUUGUAUUUGGUACAAAUGAUUCCCUAAGUUCAAAACCUCAGCUGAGUCUGAUAAUGAAUCAUUUGGCUGUUGAGCAAGAUGCAGAGACUAAAUUACUUGGCAUUACCUUGGAUUGUAAACUGUCAUGGUCAAAACCUAUUCAUUCAAUGGUUGUAAAGAUGGGGAGAGGUCAGUCCUUGAUUUAAGCCUAGAUUCAGUCAGAUCAAUCGUUAACCAACGAUAGCAGACACAUGCAUAGCGGCUGUUUCGGCGGUAUCUGAGGUGGAACUGCAUUGGAGCCGUCAAAUCGGUGAGCAGCUGCACAUGCAAUCAUUGUCAUGAAGCAACACCCGCCUCACCAGAAGCCACACCCUCCCCACUAGAAGCCACACCCUCCCUACUCGAAGCCACACCCUCCCCUCUCGAAGCCACACCCUCCUCACUUGCGUUAGAAGUUCAGAAUGUGUAGGCGACAUAGAAAUAAUUACGCAUUAAACAAAAUAAUAAGGAUUUCUAUUAUCAAGGUGUAGAUUACAUAUCACACUGCAGUGUUCCCACUUGUUAACAAAUCUGCAUGGGAUUUCGGUUAAUGCAACUCCAUGCGGCCAAUGGCAAUGUCCGCUUUAGUUAUAAUGCCGGGAGCCACUUGUGGAUUUAACAGCUCAGUUCCACCUCGGACACCAUCAAAAUAACCGUUAUGAAGAUGUUGAGUAGAGCCCAAAGAGGUGUUGAAUCUACCAAGUUGUUUGCUGUACUCAACUUACACACAGCUCUGACACACACACUUAUCACACCAGACAUGCCACCAGGGGUCUUUUCACAGUCCCCAAAUCCCCCAAUGAAUUCAAGAAAACGUACAGUAUUAUAUAGAGCCAUGAUUGGAAAUGGUUAUCCCUUUCAUUUCAGAUUGCUCAGGUGAACAGCAAACCUUUAAGAAACGCAAUGCCUCUCCCCUAUUUAACCUAAAUAUGUGUAUGUACUGAUAGAUGCUACUGAAUUUAUAUGUCAUAUAUUAAACUGUAAAUGAUAAAUGCAGGACUAGAAUACUUGGUCUCUCUGUGUUUUUUUCCUCAGUAUUGAGUCAGUACAGAACAUUUUAGUUAUAUUUUUCUUGUUUUAAAUGUAUGUAGUUCUGUCCUUGAGCUGUUCUUGUCUAUUAAUGUUCUGUAUUAGGUCAUGUUUCACGUGGACUCCAGGAAGAGUAGUUGCUGCUUUUGCAACAGCCAAUGCGGAUCCUAAUAAAAUACCAACAGCCAAUGGGGAUCCUAAUAAAAUACCAACAGCCAAUGAGGAUCCUAAUAAAAUAUCAACAAUCAAUGGGGAUCCUAAUAAAAUAGCAACAGCCAAUGGGGAUCCUAAUAAAAUACCAACAGCCAAUGGGGAUCCUAAUAAAAUACCAACAGCCAAUGGGGAUCCUAAUAAAAUACCAACAGCCAAUGGGGAUCCUAAUAAAAUACCAACAGCCAAUGAGGAUCCUAAUAAAAUACCAACAGCCAAUGGGGAUCCUAAUAAAAUACCAACAGCCAAUGGGGAUCCUAAUAAAAUACCAACAGCCAAUGGGGAUCCUAAUAAAAUACCAACAGCCAAUGGGGAUCCUAAUAAAAUACCAACAGCCAAUGGGGAUCCUAAUAAAA